AUGCCGCAGGCGAAUAAGAAGCGCGGGAGGCGCAUGGAGGGGAAGAAGAGGAAGCACGAGGAAGAGGACGAAGUUGAUGUGGUUGUCGAACAGAGCAGCAGCAAACGGCGCAAGGCGGGCGUAGAUGGCGGGCAUGAUGAUGUCGCUGCAGACCCGCAAGCAGACGAAAGCCUCGAUGCCGCCUAUCCGCCCAGGGAAAGACCUUUCUUCGGCCUGCUGGAUGAAGAGGAGCAAGAGCAUUUCCGUCAUGCCUCCGAACUGCUCGAAGCCAACGCCUUCGAGUCGGCCGACGAAAAGGCCCAGUUUCUCUCCAGCGUGUACGCUGAGGCGGAAGGUAAGGAGCUCAAGAUUGCCCAGAGCCAGUCGUGCUCCCGCCUGCUUGAGCGCUUGAUCCAGUUGUCCACGUCGGCACAGCUCAAGAAUCUCUUUCGAAAGCUGAGCGGAAACUUUAUCCACCUAGUAUCUCACCGCUUCGCCUCCCACUGCUGUGAAGCUCUCUUCCUACACGCCGCCCCCUUCGUCACCGAAGAGCUCCUGGCCUCGGCACCCAAACCGAUUAGCGAUGAAGCCAAUGCCACUAGCGGCGACGAAGACCACACGCCGAUGGAGAUCUUCUACCUGGACACCCUGGCCGAGCUGGAAGGCAACAUCGGCUACUUGCUGACCGAUCGUUAUGCCUCGCAUGUGCUUCGCGUCCUGUUGCUCGUCUUGUCUGGAAAACCCAUCGACGACCUCUCCACCAAACACCUCUUGCAAGGCAAAUGGAAAGACAACAAGUCCGCUCAUGGUGCCGGGUUGGCUACGAUCCAGGCUCUCGACAAGGACAGGACCGUGCCCGAAUCCUUCGCCGAUGCUGUUAAGCAACUCAUUGCAGAGAGUGUUGCCGGGCUGGAUACUGAACAGCUACGCGCCUUGGCGACUCAUCCACACGGAAAUCCAUCUCUGCAAUUGUUACUGCAGCUGGAAUUGAACGCCACAUCCAAAGAGAACACAAAGGGUGAAACGAACAUACUCCGAACGCUAUUGCCCGACAACCCCAUCACUCCCGAGAGCAGCAGCGCUCAAUUUAUCAAUGGGCUCGUCUAUGACCCUGUGGGCUCGCAUCUCGUGGAAAAGAUUGUCAAACAUGCGCCGGAGAAGGUGUUCAAAAAUUUGUAUGUCGAUUUCUUCAAGGAGCGACUGGCAUCGCACGCACGCAAUGAAAUCGCGGGGUAUGCUGUGUGUCGUGUGCUAGAGCGACUGGCAUAUGACGAUCUUCUCGAGGCGCAUGAGGCCCUGAUCCCAACCAUAUCCGAUCUCUUGCGCAAGAGUCGAACGAUGGUCGUGCGGACUCUGAUUGAGCGUUGCACCAUCAAAGACAUCGACACCCAGGCGAUUGCGGUCCAAAUCGACUCUACAUGGCACACUGCGGAUGGCUUCGAAAUCAAGAAAUUGCUCAAAUUCGGCCCUGGUACUGCCGGCGAGGAUGAGGCUGCUCACGAAAGCACCCAGAGUGUCGCCAACGAUCCAGCCAAGGCGAACUUUGCGCGCUCUUCCGAGCCCAUCAAGACGCACUUCAACAUCCUUGCGCAGGCAAUGUUAAUCGUACCCGGUUCUCUGAGCGCUCUUGUGCUCGACUCGCUCAUUGCGCUUGACGCGCUUACUCUGUUGGCCAUGUCGAAGGAUCACAUCGUCUCGCGAACGCUUCAGCAAGCAUUGACCACGCGCAAUGCCUCGAUGAUUUCGACGCGAAAGCUCAUCCAGCACUUCUACGGGCACAUGGGAGAGAUGGCUGUAGACAGUGGGGCCUCGCACGUCGUGGAUUGUAUGUGGGAUGGCACUCACGGUUUGGCCUUCAUCCGCGAGCGGAUUGCAGAGGAAUUGGCGGAGAAUGAGACGCAGCUACGCGACAGCCCAAGCGGACGAGCCGUGUGGAAGAAUUGGAAGAUGGAUCUCUACAAGCGCCGACGAGCCGACUGGAUCCGGCAGAGCAAGAUCAAGGCGAGCAACGAUGGCUUCCAGAGCUUUUCAGAGCUGGAGAUCAACAAGGACAAGGACAUCACGGCCAAGACGCCGCUGCAAUUGGCGAGGGAACGACACGCAAAGGCCAAGAAGGGAAAGAAGAGCAAGAGGAAGAACAGCACUUCGGAGGCGACGAAGGCGAAUGGAACCAAGAUUGGCACAAGGGGAUCUCCAACGAACGGACAUAUCGCGCCCACACUCCUGGACUAUCGAAACCCCACCGAGCUCUCCAAACUCCUAGACUUCCGGUUACAAGAUGCCGGCCGGGGACUGGAAGGCGUGGUCGAGCUGGCACGCCGCAUCCAAAAGCACAGCGUCAAUACCUGGGACCAAGGCUUCCUCGACAAACUCUACCAUUCUCCCACACCCAUUGGCGUCGCCGCCGAUCUUCUCCUCUCCUCUCUUAACACCAAUGUUCACAUCUACCAGGUCGCGCCGGCGCUGACGCUUAUCGAGAAGCGCACGACGCGUGCUUUGGCGUCCAUGUUCGGCUUCCACGGACAGUUUGCAGGCGGCUUCUCGCAGCCCGGCGGCUCGGCGGCGAAUCAAACUUCUCUCGUUAUCGCGCGGAACACUCUGUUCCCCGAGACGAAGCGCGAAGGCAAUGGCGCGCGGCGCUUCGUCCUCUUCACCUCCGCUCACGGCCAUUACAGCGUAGAGAAAGCGGCGCAGAUUUCCGGCUUUGGCUCAAACGCCGUCCGGAGUGUGCCCGUCGACUCGCAAGGUCGUAUGAAGCCUGAUGCUCUGGAGGCUGCUGUCGAGAGGUGCCGGAGCGAAGGUGAAACGCCUUUCUACGUUAAUGCCACGGCCGGCACGACAGUACUGGGAUCUUACGAUCCACUCGACGAAAUUGCGGAGGUUUGCAAGCGGCAAGGACUAUGGCUGCACGUUGAUGGGUCGUGGGGUGGGUCGGUGCUGAAGGGGGUGGAGCGAGCGGACUCGAUGAGCAUUUGCGCGCAUAAGAUGCUCGGUGUGCCGUUGACGGAUUUGAGGCUGUUUCAUCGCGCCAUGACGCUUCCGGCUGGAUACCUGUUUCACGGAGAUGGAGAGGCAGGGGAAGACACUGCGAACAAUGGCGGAUUGGACGAUGGGGUGUUCUGGGACCUCGCAGAUCUCACGCCUCAAUGCGGACGACGGGGUGAUGCGCUGAAAUUUGCCUUGAGCUGGAUCUACUACGGCACGGAAGGGUAUGCGGCAUACGUCGACCAUGCAUUCGAGAUGGCCGAGUAUCUCGCUUCACUCGUCAAGUCGCAUGCGCGGUUCAGCCUGGUGUCCGAGGACCCGCCUCCCUGCUUGCAAGUCUGCUUCUACUUUGACAAGCAGAGUGGACAAGGGGCGAAGGAGAGGAACAGUAGAAUCACUGAACGCGCAAAAGACGCGCUGUUGGAGAAGGGAUUAAUGAUUGAUUAUGCCCCGGGCGAGGAGGGCAAGUUCUUCCGGGUGGUGGUCAAUGGGCAGACGCAGAGGGAGACUUGUGUGCGGUUGAUCAGCGCAAUAGAGGACGUCGGUAGUGAUGUCCACGCAUGA